UGCCCAUUUCCUUCUGACCAGAAACCAGAGAGAGAGAGUUUCAUUACCAAAGAGAGAGAGAGAUAGAAAGGAGAGAGAGAAGGUAGAGAGAGAGUUUGCGGAGGAGCUUCUUCGUAGGGUUCAUCGUUAUUAACGUUAAAUCUCUAUCCCCCCCUACGUCAGCUGAAGAAAACAAAAUGGGUGCAGGUGGAAGAAUGCAGGUAUCUCCUUCUCCCAAGAAGUCAGAAACCGAAACCCUCAAACGCGUACCCUGCGAGACACCUCCCUUCACUGUAGGACAGCUCAAGAAAGCGAUCCCACCGCACUGUUUCAAACGCUCCAUCCCUCGCUCAUUCUCCUACCUCAUCUGGGACAUCAUCAUAGCCUCCUGCUUCUACUACGUCGCCACCACUUACUUCCCUCUCCUCCCUCACCCUCUCUCCUACUUCGCCUGGCCUCUCUACUGGGCCUGCCAAGGCUGCGUCCUAACCGGCGUCUGGGUCAUAGCUCACGAGUGCGGCCACCACGCCUUCAGCGACUACCAGUGGCUAGACGACACCGUCGGUCUCAUCUUCCACUCUUUCCUCCUCGUCCCUUACUUCUCCUGGAAGUACAGUCACCGACGCCAUCAUUCCAACACCGGCUCCCUCGAGAGAGACGAAGUCUUCGUCCCCAAGAAGAAGUCUGACAUCAAGUGGUACGGCAAGUACCUCAACAACCCUCUCGGACGCACCGUCAUGCUAACCGUCCAGUUCACCCUCGGCUGGCCCUUGUACUUGGCCUUCAACGUCUCGGGCAGGCCUUACGACGUUGGCUUUGCUUGCCAUUUCCACCCCAACGCUCCCAUCUACAACGACCGCGAACGCCUCCAGAUAUACGUCUCCGACGCCGGUAUCCUCGCCGUCUGCUACGGUCUCUACCGUUACGCCGCUGCUCAGGGUCUGGCCUCGAUGGUCUGCCUCUACGGGGUUCCGCUUCUGAUUGUCAACGGGUUCUUAGUCUUGAUCACUUACUUGCAGCACACGCACCCUUCUCUGCCUCACUACGACUCCUCGGAGUGGGAUUGGUUGAGGGGAGCCUUGGCUACCGUGGACAGAGACUACGGAAUCUUGAACAAGGUCUUCCACAAUAUCACGGACACGCACGUGGCGCAUCACCUGUUCUCCACGAUGCCGCACUACCACGCGAUGGAAGCUACCAAGGCGAUAAAACCGAUACUGGGGGAUUAUUACCAGUUCGAUGGGACGCCAGUGUUUAAGGCGAUGUGGAGGGAGGCGAAGGAGUGUAUCUAUGUAGAGCCUGACAGGCAAGGUGAGAAGAAAGGUGUGUUCUGGUACAACAAUAAGUUAUGAGGAAGAUGAUAUAUGGUGGAAGAACAAAAGAAGAUAUUUUCCAUUGAUCUUUCUAUUGUUGUCUCUGGUCGUCUUUGUUUUUAAGAAGCUAUGUUUUUUUCAAUAAUCUAAAUUAUCCAUUUUGACAUUUUGGCUAAAAUUAUUGUGAUAUGGGACGUUAGUAGUCUAAAUGUCUUUGUGUCUGUAUUGUUCUUCUCAUCGCUGUUAUGUUUGGGAUCGUAGAAAUGUGACUUUUCGGACUACUAAACUCGUCGUGUUAUCUUA